CCACUGCCGCCGCCUGACCUCGAAAUGGGCAACGGAGCUGAGACGUCACGUGCAUUGUUUACGUUCAUUGACCCGGCGGAUUAUCAACGAUUGAAUUUUUCUGUUUUGAUAUUCCACGACUGACUGAAGGUGAAGAGUUGUGAUAAAGUCAAAGGCGAGCAACAAGUUGACCUUCAUCGUUACUCUCAUCAGCGUGCCUGCAAUUUAAAGGAUGGAGCAGCACGAGAACUGCGAGGCGCAGCGCGCUGCCCCGCAGCGCCGGCUCACCUCACUGCAGGCCGCGGCCUGCAGCGCGAGCGUCAGGCUGAGACGGACGAGGCCGACGCGCUCAAGGACGAUGACAAGGACUUCCACCCUGACGACUCCGAGGGCGAGCGGAGUCGAGACCCCGAGGAGUCGCCUCCCGAGGCGGGCACAUUCUGCCCGCCCCGCAGCCGGCAAACAACCGACCGUUGACCGUUCCCGAGUUAGCCGUUGGCAGUUUCCAAGGAUGGAGCAGCACGAGAACUGCGAGGCGCAGCGCGCCGCCCUGCAGCGCCGGCUCACCUCACUGCGGGCCGCGGCCUGCAGCGCGAGCGUCAGCCAAACCGACGAGGCCGACGCGCCCGAGUUUCCAAGGAUGGAGCAGCACGAGAACUGCGAGGCGAAGCGCGCCGCCCUGCAGCGCCGGCUCACCUCACUGCGGGCCGCGGCCUGCAGCGCGAGCGUCAGCCAAACCGACGAGGCCGACGCGCCCGAGGCGUUUGACGCCUCUGCCAUCUAG